AUGUACUCAUCUACGCCAUCGUCGCAGCCUCCACCUAAACAAGCUCGACAGCAGCCACCGUCGCAGCAGUACGGACAACAGGCUCCACCACCGGCAUACAACUAUCAAGGAUAUGCGACACCGAUGGGACAAAUGGGCCAGGGCAAUGGAAUGGGAGCAAUGGACGGUGGAGGGAUGCAGCAGCCAAAUAUGGGAAACAUGAUGGGUCAUCAAAUGGGACAACAACACCAACAAGUGCAGCAACAACAACAACAACAUGCUGGACAAAUGGGAAUGGAUAACCGAUCAAUGAACAACACACAGAUGUCUGGAAUGGGACAGCAAAUGAUGUCUAACCAGCGAAUGGGAUCGGGAAUGGAGCAAAUGAGACCAGGACAACAUCAACAACAACAUUUAGGAAACAAUCAAAUGCAUGGAAUGAACAACCAGAUGAAUAUGAAUCAAGGAAUAAACAACAGGAUGAAUCAAGGAAUGAGUUCUGGAAUGAGCCAUGUGAUGAACUCUGGAAUGAAUUCUGGUAUGAAUUCUGGAAUGAACUCUGGAAUGAACAACUCCAUGGGAUCCAUGGGAGGAAUGAUGGGAGACCAUUCCAUGGGAAUGCAACAACACCAAAUGGGACAUCAGAUGGGACAACAUCAGCAGCAACAGCAAAUACAGCAAUCUACCAGUAAUCCUGGAAAUAAUCAACAACAAAUGCAACGUAUGAUGAACCAACCUGCCUAUUCUCAGCAGGAAAAGCAACGGAUGGAGCAGUUCCAACGGCAGCAGCAGGAACAACAGCGUCAGAUGCAAAACUAUCAACAUAUGCAACAAAUGGCUCCAAUGCCAAUUCAAGCUCCGGUGCCCCCACCAGCAAAACCGGCUCCAAAAAACAAUUCCAGAAGGAAGAGAACGGUUAACAAGGCUCAGUUAGAUGAACAGGUGCCGCCACCACCACAGCAAAACUAUCACUUCCAACCACCACCGAGCUACGGUUAUCAGCAGAACAACAGUAUGUUAGGAGGACAUCAAAUGGGCGGUGGGCAUCAGAUGGCAUCUGGGCAACAACCACAACACCAUUCCAUGAUGCACGGUGCACCAGGAAGUUCCUCGCAAACUACGAGUCAAUAUACCAAUCAAAAGUCGUCGGAAAUGGUCCGUUUGGAGCUUCGCAACUCCAUCCAAGCGAAGCAACAGAAGGCAAAGGAUCAGCCACCAAUAGAGCAGCAACAACAACAUCGUAUUCCGGCUGCUGCUGUCACUACUUCUGCUGCUCAACAAGCACCAAUGCAACGCACCAUGCAACAAGAAAUGAUGGGAAACCAUAUGGGACAAUACCAAUAUAGCGGACAAAUGGGACAAGCUCAACAUGCACCACAGUACCACCAACCAAACAACAUGGCCACGCAAAUGGGACAACCACACCCACAACAAAUGGGAGAGGUUGGAACAUUCAACACGCCACAGGGACAAACUGUCAAUGCUAAUGUAGCCAACACGCCGGUAUCGAGUGUCGCUAGCACUAGCUCGGCUGGAAGUUUGGAUUUCCCAAGUGAACUCGGAUUCUUUGACAUGCAGGACCCAGAGCUUCCAGUUUCAUACGACAAGCUGGAGGAGAAUCUCAGAUCUCUUAACGUCCAUGAUUUCCAAAUUCUUGGACGCUGCUCUAAAUUUCAGUUUGACUUCUCAAACCAGCAAACCAUCGACUUGGUCCGCCAAAUCCUACUCAUGUAA